CCGUUCCACUGACGGUAGUACACGCUAGAAAACGAGACACUAACAAUCGUGUGGCCAACGUGAAACCAGGAAACAGUGAGAACAUGAAGAUCACCAUCUGCUUCACCGUGCUGGCCGUGCUUGGCUUCAGCUGUGUGGCCGUUGCCCAGACGCACAACUACUUCUUCGGUGCCCGUAUCCCGUACGAUUCGCUCGCCAACCAGACGACCGUCAUCCAGUCCGGUUCGUUCCUGCGCGUCAAGUCACUCAACAUUGACUAUCCAUCGAAGGGACAGCGUGGUCGUAACAUUACCGCUAUCUACGUGUACGAUCGGUUGGGUGGUGGCCGCGGUGGAUUCGCCAGCAUUACGCGCGGUGGCAUCGGUCAGAACUUUACGCGCAUCAAUCUGAAGACACAGCGUGGCAAUGGAAUGAACUUCCAGGUGGAAAUCUAUGGCCGCUAGACAGAUGUGACCAGCAGGCAGGAAAACGAAAUACAUUGCUCGAUGGGUGAAGAACUGAA